ACUGAGAUUAUCUGGUCUUAUCUGACGCCUGUUAGCACUGAAUUGCGUGGAGUGUUAAUUGCUGUAUCCUGAAUGUUUCUAAAUGGAAAUCUACCCCUUUAUUUCUAGGAUUGGAAGUCAAGUUCAUCAUAAGGGCAAAUGUUAAAAGCCAGAUAACUGUGGCGUUUGUGAAGAUCAUGUCCUUGUGUCUGUAUUAGAGCCUCCGCAGUCAUGUGAUGGUAGCCUUGAGAGGCAGCAGAAGCAGGAAGAGAGCCAUUAUGACAACAUGGCAGUGACUCCUGGACUUUGGGCGCUUGACUACAACUGUCACCUGACUUCAGUAUAUAUGGAAGCAACAGACAGACACACUCACAAUCACACUGAACGCUCAGAGAUACACAAGCCAAAAGCAGAAAUCCGCAGUCAUGAAGGUGCUCAUUGUUCUAGCUCUUGCAGUGCUGUCCGGCUGUAAUGCCAACCUCUUCUAUGCUGAUGAGCCAAAGCCACAGCUGGAAGUGCUGACUGAGGCUUUCUGGAAACACAUUGCCACAGCCACCGAGACAGCUGAUGAAACCCUCAAGAUGAUCAGGAAAUCACAGUUUGGACAGGAAGUCAAUAUUCGCCUGGCAGAAAGUGCUGACAUUGCCAGCAAAUAUGCCAUCACCCUUCAGGAGAGAAUCCCCCCUGCAGCUCAGGACCUCAUGAACAAGAUUACCAAAGAGGCUGACGUGCUGAGAAACAUGCUGAGCCAGGAGCUGAGCACAGUCCGGGACACGCUGGAGCCUUACACUGAAGACAUGAAGGUCAAGAUCCAGGAGAGAGUGGAGCUGCUGAAACAGGAGCUGGCCCCCUACGCAGAGUCCCUAGAUUCUGAGGCUCUGAGAACCACCCUGAUGCAGAAGACAGAGGAGCUGAAGGCCAGCCUGGAGCAGAGUGUGCAGGAUCUGCAGGCUCAGCUGGGGCCCUACACUGAAGACAUGAAGCAGAGAGUGGACCAGCACCUGCAGGACUUCCAAGACAGGGUUGCCCCCAUGACCGACAAGGUGCAGCUGGAGCUGGUGCAGAGAGCAAACCUCGUGAAACAGAUGGUGGCACCCUAUGCUGAAGACCUGAAGGAAAAGCUGGACCCCUACACUCAGGAUCUCCAGGCCCAGCUCACGACUUUGUACAAGUCUUUUGUGGAAGCCAACUAAGUCAACCUCCACGUGGGCUCCAUCAUGUCUCCUGAUGCCGGCCUUGUUUGGUCUACCUCUGUUUGAAGCACGAAAAAUAAUUUAAAUAUACAAAAUGUACUGUAAACCAAAUGAAACUGGGUACAUACCCACAACUUAAUAUUUAUUGCUAGGUGCAAACUUUUGCACUUCAUUUGUACAUACUUUACGUUUUUAUAAUGUGUGGCGAGAUUUGGAAUUUAUCUUUUUGCUAUU